AUGGAAGCCAAAGCAAUUCUUCUAAAAACAGGUAAUGCAAUACUGUCUCAUCGUCAAGUUGGUAAAGUUGAAGCAUCAUGGACAGUACUACUAUUGAUUCAACAUAAAGAACCAGCAUGUAUUAGUUUUACUUGUCGUUAUGAUGAUUCAAUGUUGGCUAUGUACUCAAUGCUUUCUAUUGGAAUACCAUAUCGAGACCCAAUGGAGGAAUUCCUGGGUGAAAAUGAUUUGAACGCUAUCCAUCAAUUAUUGCUGAAAAGUAAACCCGAGAUAUUACAACGAUUUUCUACAUUACCUGGAGCCUACAAAAUACAAAUGAUCAAUGCAAUUGAACAUUUAUGUGACUUAAAUGCUCAUGAUUUUAUUAUCAAACCAAGAACGUCAUUUAUAUUUACAACCGAAGAUGAAGAAGACGUAGAUGAUGAAACAAGCAACAAUAUACAACAAAUGAAUGAUAGUAACAUUACCAAGAGUAAUAAAGAUUCCUGUAAGCGUGCUUUCUCUGAAAAUAUUGAUGAAGAUGACCAAGAACACUUGAAUGCCAAUGAAGAUACGACAAUCAAUUGCCCUUCCAGUCGUACUGAAGAGUUGCUAUUAUCAGCCAAUACACAACAGCUUUUUUUGGCAAAUUGUUUUAGACAAUAUCUUGCAGCAUUGAUGCGAUACGAAGAAAGCCAAUAUCGCUCUCAAAAAAUGUCAAAACCAUUACCCUUUCAUAUAAUUGUCAAUGGUUUAGCUGUUUCUGGAAAAUCCUAUGUUAUCUCUAUUAUUGAACAGAUGUUAACCGACUUUUGUAUUAGUGAAUCAGCUACUCGAAAUCGUCCACGUAGAGGAAAAGGAUUACUUAAGAUGGCUCAUACUGGCAAAGCUGCUUUAAAUAUUCAUGGUUGGACUAUCCAUACUGCUCUAGGCAUGAAAGUUGGCAUGGCUCGAUCAUUAUGUUUUAGUCCAGUACAAGCAAGUAAAAAAGAAUGCAAAAUUGAUUUAAAACCUUCUGAUGACGAAAAUGAGUGUGUAAGUAUGUUUGAGCAAUUACCAAUAUACAUUGGUGCACGUGUAAUAUGUCGACGUAAUAUUGAUUUUGAUGGAGAAAUGGUGAACGGAACCGAAGCGAUCAUAAAAGGUAUAAUAUGGGAUAAAGAUGAUGACAUUGUCUUACCAAUGUCAAACCGAUGUGUUUUUCCAAAUUUAAAUCGAGCACUAACUGUAAAAUUACCAAAAUAUAUUGAACUCGAAUUAGAUAAUGGUUCUAUAUAUAAAAUGACUCCAGAAGAAGUUAGUUUCAAAGAUCAAAAUGGAAUAUGGAUGGCAAGGAAACAAUGUCCACUCAGCUUAGGCUAUGCAAUAACAGUUCACCGAUCUCAAUGCAUGACUUAUAAUAAGCUAGUUGUCGAUUUAACUGGUAUACACUGGAAACCUGAGUGGUGUGUACCGCAUUCAUCUGAUUCUAACCAAAUAUCAACAAGAUUAUCAAAUACAAAUAAUGAAUCAAUAUCAAAUUGCAUCAAUACAAAACAAAUACAAUUACAAUGCAUGUUACCAGUCACAACUUAUUCAGUAACAAAACCCGAACAUGUUAUCAUUUGUGAGGAACACGAAGAACACUUUUGCGGACGACAUGCUCUACGUGCACUCUCACAAAGACUUGAUUUAUUUACUGAUAAGUAUUUAUUUGAUAUCGCUGAAGAUAUAGCAGCUACCGACCAAAUACGUCAAAAUGGACAACCAAAUAUAUUAAAUGUGCAGCUUUUACGAAUCGAUAAGUUAGAAGACAGUAGCUAUGCUAUUCGCAAUCUUAUUUUAUCAAAUGUUGAACAUAUUCAAGCAUUUCUCAUUCAACAAGACUAUCAUUAUUAUUGUCUUCGUAGUUUUCGAUCUAGUAAAGAUUAUUUCUUUAAAAUUGAUUCUAAGCAUUCAAUGUACCAUGAACCUAUUCGUCGUGAGCGGUUAUUCGAAUAUCUUGCAGAACUUGUUGACUCAAAUUGCGCUAUCUUUAUCAUCAUGCAAGAUACAGUACAAAAUAUUAAUCAACAAAUUACUAUUGAUAAUAUUCAAAAAGCAUUAUGGCCUUUACCAGAUGCUCCUGCUGAUUUUGAACUUUUUCUCAGACGUAAUCAAUUACAUAUAUGA